AUGGAGCUGUACGGGGACCAGCCGGAGGCGGAAUGGGGUCAGGGAACGGGUCUGGAAGAAUCGAUGCGGAGGUUGAAUCUGUGGAGCAGGGAAGUGUACCCGGAAAGGCCGGGUCAACCCGACUGUGCCUAUUAUAUGCGGACCGGGUCGUGUGGGUACGGCGUCAAGUGCCGGUACAAUCACCCUCGUGAUCGCAGCAUCUCUUUGGGAGGUGGCGAGUAUCCCGAGCGAGUAGGGGAGCCUCCAUGCCAGUAUUACUUAAGAACUGGGACCUGCAAAUUUGGUCCUUCCUGCAAGUUCAACCAUCCGAAAAAUGCCGGAGGAUCGUUAGCUAGUGCACCUCUGAAUAUUUAUGGAUACCCAUUACGGCCGGGUGAGAAAGAGUGCUCCUACUAUUUGAAAACGGGGCAAUGCAAGUUCGGGUUGACCUGUAAAUUUGACCAUCCUCAACUGGACGGCACGUCAUCUGUGUCGGCAUCUGCACGUCCAUUUUAUCCGACCGUGCAGCCUCUUUCUUCUCCUUCUCCUUCUCCCGAGCAGUAUGAAGGCGGCUCGACGGGGUAUAGUGUGGUGAGGCCGCCGUUGGUGCCUGGAUCAUACGUGGCCGGUGCGUAUGGUCCCAUGCUGCUCCCUGGGGUUGUUCCCUUUCCCAACUGGGGUCCUUAUUCGGGACCAGUGAGCCCUGCACCAUCACCCGGUGCUCAACCCUCAGGUGGAGCAACUUCGGUGUAUGGUCUGUCACAGAUAGGUUCGCCUGCACCUGCAUUCACUGGAACAUAUCCCCAGUUGGCCUCAUCGGAUGGCCCUUCGGGCAGCCUGAUAAAGGAACAGAAGUUUCCUGAAAGGCCUGGCCAGCCUGACUCCCAGUGGGCUUACCUCUUCGUCCGGGCGAGCAGGCUUGCUCUUUUUAUCUACAAAAAGGUUACUGCAAGUUUGGACGUGCGUGCAAAUUCGAUCACCCGAUGCCAACUGCAGGUUACAAUCCAGCAUCUUCUUAUGCUGAAAUGCCGGGAUAAUUGCAUUGCAAGGCCCUACAUGGAUCCGGACUCAACCGGGUCAGACUAUCUGAAGGUCCGUUUGAUGGUUAAACGACAAACCGGGUCUUCAGUCGAAGCUCAACGAAAUAAAAAGAUAAGGAAAGAUCGAUCUUCCAUACUCUGA